AUGUUUUGUCCAGACUUUUUAGAAUUUCAGGACGUUUUAAAAAAGAUGCGUGUACUUGACGAUAAAAUUGUAUAUGCAUUAAAUACAUCGAUACCGACCGAAUCAUUCAAAUCUAAAGUGGAUCCGGCUGUAGCUUGCGAGGAUUUAUUUAAUCAAAUACAGAAAGGUCAUAGCGAGAGAGAGAAUAUAAUUAAAAACUGUAUAAUGUCUACAGCUGAGACUGUCAAGAAAUUGAAGGCAGUGAAAGAAAGUUCUCCCAAUGAUAUUGAUGUAAUAAAGAAUCUUAAAAGUGAACAACGAAAGUUACGUCUAUUGCAAACCGAAUUAAGUGUUGAAGAGGUGAUCAAUGAAAAGACUAGCAAAAUAUUUAAUGAACAAUGUAGAGCAUAUUAUAAACCGGCAAAUUUAUGA